AUGCAAUCCACCUUCAACCCCAAGGAUUAUCCCAUCGUCGUCGCCAUCGACUUUGGAACCACCUUCUCGGGAUGCGCAUACGCCUACGCCCAGGACGACAAGGAGGUCAUCGACAUCACCAGCUGGCCGAAGCAGAAUAUCCAGUACCCAAAGACACCAACGCUCAACCUGUACAAGAAGGAUGACCCCGAGAACAAGCUGGUGGCAUGGGGCUGGCGUGCAAAGAUGGAGACACUAAAGCCCACCGCCAGACACCACACCCUCCUCUACCAAUAUAAACUCCACCUCGACGAGAACCAGCAAUCCGCCCCUCUCGACGUCGACAUCACCGUCCUCGAGGCCAUCUCCCACUACCUCGACGCCUUCCAUGAAUACGUCGUCGGCGAGAUCAUGCGUGGGUUCGCUAAAAACUUUCAGCGCGACCACUUUCGCUACUGUCUGACCGUUCCUGCCAUGUGGUCCGACAGAGCCAAGAACGUCAUGCGACAGGCAGCCGUUAAGGCCAACCUGAUCAAGGACACCGAUCAUCCUGACAGACUCAUGCUCAUUUCCGAGCCCGAAGCCGCUGCCCUCUACUGCGAGCGCAAGUGCGACCAGUUUGAUCUCGGCAACGGUGACCGAUUCAUGAUCUGCGAUGCCGGUGGUGGAACCGUCGAUCUCAUCGUUUUUGAAAUCGCCGUCACCAGCGCCGGACGUCGUCUGUCCGAGGUCACCAAGGGACACGGUGCUUCCUGCGGCUCCGUCUUCCUCGACCGCCACAUGCGCAGACUCCUCGAGGAAAAGUUUGGACACCACGCCGCCAACUUCCCCGCCAACAUCAUCCCCAACCUUGUCGACACCUUUGCCGACGUGAUCAAGCCCCAGUUCGACGGACUCGAGGAUCAAUUCUUGCAGCUCCCCGCCAACCGCUGCUUUGACGACUUGGAGGAUCCCGAGGCAGUCGGUAUCGAUGAUGGUUACCUGGUCUUGACCGCUGCGGAAUUGAAGGAAAACGUCUUUGAGCCCGUCGUCAAGGAUGUGCUUUCGUUGAUUCAGGAACAAUUGACCCAGGCCAAGGACUGCGCUGCCAUCUUCUUGGUCGGAGGAUUCGGUUCGUCCAACUACCUCUACAGCCGAGUCAAAGCUCAGUUCAGCAACCAGGUCGGCCUCAUUUCGAUCCCUCCUCGUCCCGAGUUGGCUGUUGUCCGUGGCGCUGUCUGUGUCGGAUUGAACCCCCGUGUGGUUACGUCGCGUAUUGCCCGUCGCUGCUACGGUAUUUCGUCCGACCAGCCUUUCGAAAAGGGCAAAGAUCCCUUGGCCAAGCGCAAGUUCGAGGUCAACGGAGUCUGGUGUAUCGACCGCUUCUCGCCCUAUGUCAAGAAGGGCCAAAAGCUCAAUGUGGACGAGUGCAUCUCGCGCGAGUUCUCGUUCACAAAGUACUCGGAGGCGCCCGAGGACUACAACAUUGCCCUGUACGCCGCCGACACCGACAACGAGCCGCCAAGAUAUACCACCGAUGCAGGAGUCUCCAAAUUGGCCGACAUCCCCAUCCCUUGUCCCCACUUGUCCACUUCCCGUCUUGGUUCCAUGGUCAAGGUCAAGGUCAACAUGAACUUUGGUCUGAACGAGAUCAAGGCCGAGGCGGUUGUUGGCGACAAGGUGUACAGCACUAUUCUUCAGUUCGAUGCUGUUGAUACAUAUUAA